UAAAAAAUAGGUCACUGGCAUACGGCAUACAGAUGCAUCAAGGAAAUAUUAUCCUAUGAUCUCAUUUUUCCUCAUGCUCUGCUCAGCAAAUUAAUUAAAAUAUUUUGUUAUGUGGAGGAGGUGGAGAGAAAUCAAGAUGGAGGAGAAAAAGAGGAUAUCAUUCUCAAAUUAUCAUAGACAACCACGCUGCAACAGUUACAUCAUUGAAGUGCAAUAUUGCAGGAGAUUUUGCCCAUUAACUUCUAAGGCCAUGCUAGAGCAAAGGAUCCACACAAAGGUUGAAGUGAUCUAAAUAUAAAGAAACUUGUGCAUGGUAGUCUGACCAAGCCUCAAGAUCAAAAUUUUAAAUUUAUUUUGUUCUAAUUAAUGCGCACAUUGCUUGCAUGCAAGGCUCGAGCUGGCAUAGUGUUUUUUAAAGCUAGCUAGGCAGUUAGAACACAAUGGAGUCGGUGUGCUCGAAGAAACACUCUCUUUUCUUGUUUGCGCUCAGCCUUUCUUUUAUAAUCCAUCCGAUAGCUGCUCAAGACUGUUCUCUUCCUAAUAACAACGACAUACGGACUGCAUUGAGGCUUUUACUGCUCAUUGAUGACCCGAUUGGGCUCCCUAAUCCUACGAUCUUUGGAUCAGUUCAAUAUGUCUGCAUGGCUCAAGGGGACACAAUCAAUACAUAUACAAGUCUCUCAUUGGUAGCAACAUACACUCCCAAUCCAGGACAGCCUGAAGCUACUAGUAUAUUUCAGAUGGGAUGUGUCAGUGGGGGCUGGUAUGGAUAUGGUGGACUAGACACUCCUCAUGCUAGUGUUAUUGGUGCUGCUCCCAGAAUUGAUUGUUCUGAUUGCAGGAAUAGUGGUGGUAAUGACAGAUGCGUAGAAUGUCACAGUACUUGUAAUUCUGGACUGAUGAGGUGUAACGGAUCAAGCUCGAAUGAUUGUUGCUUGACAUUCACUUCUUCUGGUCAGUGUAGUAAUACACUGUCCUGCUCAUCAUCUGGUACAAAUUUUAUUGCCAAUGAUGAAAACAAUUACACUUGCAGUUGCAUUGAAGGAUACACUGGAGAUGAUUGCUCAAAUAAUAUUGAUGACUGUGAUCCUAAUCCCUGCAAUAAUGGAGCCUCUUGCAUGGAUAAAGUAGCAAACUAUUCAUGUAUUUGUUUAGACGGCUAUACAGGAAGAAAUUGCUCCAUAGAAAUCAAUGAAUGUGAUACUAAUCCAUGUCAAAAUGGUGCCACGUGUACUGAUCAAGUAGCUGAUUAUUCCUGCACUUGUGCUCAAGGCUACACUGGAAAGAACUGCUCAACUAAUAUAAACGAUUGUAGUCCUAAUCCAUGUCAAAAUGGUGCCACCUGUACUGAUCAAGUAGCUGAUUAUUCCUGCACUUGUGCUCAAGGCUACACUGGAAAGAACUGCUCCACUAAUAUAAACGAUUGUAGUCCAAAUCCAUGUCAAAAUGGUGCUACCUGUACAGAUCAAGUAGCUGAUUAUAAUUGCCUAUGUGUUCAAGGCUACACUGGAAAGAACUGCAACACUAACAUAGAUGAUUGUAAUCCUAAUCCAUGUCAAAAUGAUGCCACCUGUACUGAUCAAGUAGCUGAUUAUUCCUGCACUUGUGCUCAAGGCUACACUGGAAAGAACUGCUCAACUAAUAUAAACGAUUGUAGUCCUAAUCCAUGUCAAAAUGAUGCCACCUGUACUGAUCAAGUAGCUGAUUAUUCCUGCACUUGUGCUCAAGGCUACACUGGAAAGAACUGCUCAACUAAUAUAAACGAUUGUAGUCCUAAUCCAUGUCAAAAUGGUGCCACCUGUACUGAUCAAGUAGCUGAUUAUUCCUGCACUUGUGCUCAAGGCUACACUGGAAAGAACUGCUCAACUAAUAUAAACGAUUGUAGUCCUAAUCCAUGUCAAAAUGGUGCCACCUGUACUGAUCAAGUAGCUGAUUAUUCCUGCACUUGUGCUCAAGGCUACACUGGAAAGAACUGCUCCACUAAUAUAAACGAUUGUAGUCCAAAUCCAUGUCAAAAUGGUGCUACCUGUACUGAUCAAGUAGCUGAUUAUAAUUGCCUAUGUGUUCAAGGCUACACUGGAAAGAACUGCAACACAAACAUAGACGAUUGUAAUCCUAAUCCAUGUCAAAAUGGUGCCACCUGUACUGAUCAAGUAGCUGAUUAUAAUUGCCAAUGUGUUCAAGGCUACACUGGAAAGAACUGCUCAACUAAUAUAAACGAUUGUAAUCCUAAUCCUUGUCAAAAUGGUGCCACAUGUACUGAUCAAGUAGCUGAUUAUAAUUGCCAAUGUGUUCAAGGCUACACUGGAAAGAACUGCUCCACUAAUAUAAAUGAUUGUAGUCCUAAUCCAUGUCAAAAUGGUGCCAUGUGUACUGAUCAAGUAGCUGAUUAUUCCUGCACUUGUGCUCAAGGCUACACUGGAAAGAACUGCUCAACUAAUAUAAAUGAUUGUAGUCCUAAUCCAUGUCACAAUGGUGCCACCUGUACUGAUCAAGUAGCUGAUUAUAAUUGCCAAUGUGUUCAAGGCUACACUGGAAAGAACUGCUCCACUAAUAUAAACGAUUGUAAUCCUAAUCAAUGUCAAAAUGGUGCCACCUGUACUGAUCAAGUAGCUGAUUAUAAUUGCCAAUGUGUUCAAGGCUACACUGGAAAGAACUGCUCCACUAAUAUAAACGAUUGUAAUCCUAAUCCAUGUCAAAAUGGUGCCACGUGUACUGAUCAAGUAGCUGAUUAUUCCUGCACUUGUGUUCAAGGCUACACUGGAAAGAACUGCUCCACUAAUAUAAAUGAUUGUAGUCCUAAUCCAUGUCAAAAUGGUGCCACCUGUACUGAUCAAGUAGCUGAUUAUAAUUGCCAAUGUGUUCAAGGCUACACUGGAAAGAACUGCUCCACUAAUAUAAAUGAUUGUAGUCCCAAUCCAUGUCAAAAUGGUGCCACCUGUACUGAUCAAGUAGCUGAUUAUAAUUGCCAAUGUGCUCAAGGCUACACUGGAAAGAACUGCUCCACUAAUAUAAACAAUUGUAAUCCUAAUCCAUGUCAAAAUGGUGCCACAUGUACUGAUCAAGUAGCUGAUUAUAAUUGCCAAUGUGCUCAAGGCUACACUGGAAAGAACUGCUCCACUAAUAUAAACGAUUGUAAUCCUAAUCCAUGUCAAAAUGGUGCCACCUGUACUGAUCAAGUAGCUGAUUAUAAUUGCCAAUGUGCUCAAGGCUACACUGGAAAGAACUGCUCCACUAAUAUAAACAAUUGUAAUCCUAAUCCAUGUCAAAAUGGUGCCACAUGUACUGAUCAAGUAGCUGAUUAUAAUUGCCAAUGUGCUCAAGGCUACACUGGAAAGAACUGCUCCACUAAUAUAAACGAUUGUAAUCCUAAUCCAUGUCAAAAUGGUGCCACCUGUACUGAUCAAGUAGCUGAUUAUAAUUGCCAAUGUGCUCAAGGCUACACUGGAAAGAACUGCUCCACUAAUAUAAAUGAUUGUAAUCCUAAUCCAUGUCAAAAUGGUGCCACCUGUACUGAUCAAGUAGCUGAUUAUAAUUGCCAAUGUGUUCAAGGCUACACUGGAAAGAACUGCUCCACUAAUAUAAACGAUUGUAAUCCUAAUCCAUGUCAAAAUGGUGCCACCUGUACUGAUCAAGUAGCUGAUUAUAAUUGCCAAUGUGCUCAAGGCUACACUGGAAAGAACUGCUCCACUAAUAUAAACGAUUGUAAUCCUAAUCCAUGUCAAAAUGGUGCCACCUGUACUGAUCAAGUAGCUGAUUAUAAUUGCCAAUGUGUUCAAGGCUACACUGGAAAGAACUGCUCCACU